AUGCAUUAUCAUUUGAGUAACAUAGCAGAUCAGAACCUCAACGUCUUCAAUGAAAUACAGAAUCUCAUUAAACAAGAUACCAGGAACGAAGCUGCCAAUUUAAUAUCAUUAGACACCAAAGUAAAAGAAGUACUCAACGAAAACAACUAUGACGCGUACGGUGCAUUUAGAGAAGCAAGCAAACGUAAGAAAAAAUCGAAUGAUGAAGAACAAGCUAUGGAUCUCAUCGAUAUACCUGGAUUUGAAAAAAGUGCAGAAUUUAAAGAGAUUAUUUUUCGUAUUCUGACGAAUAUCAACAAUCAUACUCUACGUAAUUUUUUUAAAAAGUCUUCUAAACAUCGGAUUUUGGUCUCAUCGAGAAAGAAUCUGAAAGUUUGGGAAGGACCAAGAAGUACUGAAUUAGAAUCCUUCAACACUAGAAGGUUAUUUGGUGGCACCAAGGCCCAUGUAAACCAAUUCCCUUUUAUGGUGAGCAUUCACAUCUUAGGAGAGUUUGCCUGCACCGGCUCCAUCAUCCACAGAGACUUAAUCAUCACGGCAGCUUCCUGUUUACAAAUAGCUUACCAGCAAGACUAUUUGAAGAAUAAUCUCAAGGCAAUCUACGUUAGACUAGGCAGCGAUUAUACAACACGUGGUGGCGAAACUAUACCAGUUCAGAACCUCUACUUGCACCCUGCAUACAACCCAGAGACCUUGUCUAAUAACAUAGCAAUUCUCAGCUUGGAAAAACGGAAUCGAUUCUCAAGGCAACAGAAAAGAAUCAGGCGUAUUUUGUACGAUAAAAGUGAAGAAAAAAUCACGAACAACACUCACAGAAUUUUAACCCUUGGCUGGGUUGAUACUGAGAAGGGUCAAGAGAUACAGAAGGAUCCACAUCUUUCCAUGGAUUUCUUGAACUUACUACCUGUUGAAAAAUGCGUGCAGAAAUAUUCAGUAGAUUUUAUAUCCAAUAAUAAUUUCUGUGUUGGCGUGGAGAACUCAAGCCGAGGGGCAUGUCCCGGAGACCUAGGAGGGCCAGGGAUAGUUGACGCAGUAUUAAUGGGAAUAGUCAGCUUCGGGGAUUCAGAAUGUGGGGCAAACAAUUCAUUAACAGUUUUCACCAAGCUCGGCCACUAUGCCGAAUGGAUUGAAAAUAUUCUGAGUAUGCAUAAGAAUGCUAGUAGAAUCUAUAAAAAUCAUAAUGAUACGCGCAGAAUAUCAAACAGUUUUGGAUUAAUACACUUGAAUAUGACACCAUUGCAAAAGAUUCGAUUACGGAACCACGCUGUAAACUACCCAGAAGAAGUCAAAGUGCUGAGGGAGAUAUUGAUAGACUUAGUGAAGGCCGACAAUAAUUUGACAGACGACGUCAUUUACGGCGACCUUUCUGACGACUUCACCAAAACUAUAAAAAGAGAAACAGGCACACCUGGGAAAAUCAAAGCAAUCACUAAAAAAAUAAAAACCCACAAGCAUAGAAUUCCCUUUACUAAAGCUACAACUACUACUCCAGUUAUAUCCAUAAUAUCACAUAGCAUUGACUCCUUUCUGAAAAGUAUACUUCCUUCGGACGGUUUUAAACCAGCGCUUAGAAUGUUGAAAUCUUCAGAUCAUGAAUCAGAAAAUGAAGAUAAUGCCAAUGAAUAUACAGAUAAUUACGAACAAUCUAGCAAUGAAUAUCAUGGACUUAGUAUUGAAAUUCCUAGUACUCAAAAAAUCCUUCCAAAAAAGAAAAAGAAUCUCCAUACUACAAAAGAAACUAUCAAAACGAAAGCAUCAAGCAAGGUUACUAAAUCGAUAUUUAUUAGAAAUGAAGACAAUACUAAAGCGAAACAUAAACCUGUAACAAGCAAAGCGAAAUCAUCAAAACAUGAACAUGCAGAAUUAGUUCAAUUAGAUUUAGAUGACAUUGCUCCUAGUUCAAAAGAUACAGAUGAGUCAGAUUCAGUAAAAACUGAUUCGGAUUUAAAAAUGGAUUACAAGUUUUCUGAUAACUUGGAAACAGAUUCAAAUGAGGAGUCAAAACAUGCUGAUUCUGAUGAAAUGCAAAACAGCUUCGAAGCCAAGUGGACGACCGUCCAAGAAGAAACUUUUCAAGGAACUCGCAUAAAUUAUGACAUAGACCAAGAUGCGAACCGAAACUCUUUUGGAAAUAAGAAAUUCAUCUUGAGAAACCAGGUUCCACGUCAAAAACUGCUUCAAUCUAAGAAGGUCAGAGGUAGACCAAUGGUAACGAGGCCUUUCUUCCUUGAGUUGGAUUCAGACUUUAGUUCUUCAGACUCUAAGCAAAAUAAUCAACCAAAAAACAUCUUCCUUCACAUGUUUUCCGCGGUGAGUAUCGUCUUGUGUGUCACAUUGUUGGACAGUGCCGUUAACGUCCGAUGUGCCGUUGAUCCUCCGGCUGCAGAUCAGGACGACCUCGCUACUACCGAGUGGGUAAUACGAAACACUCUGAACAAUUUAUUUUCCACUCUAAAAAACAAAGAUGUGCACCAAAAGCUGAAGUUAAAACAAUACACGACGAUUCACAACUUCUUUGCUUCCAUUACUCUACAAGAUCACGACAAUCUGAAGGAAAUAGCAAGACUGACCAAAGUUGAUAACUUCGAUAACGGCACUCGAGUUUUUAUUACACAAUUAAACGAAGUAUUAGAUGAAAACAAUAAAAAUGAUGAAGAAACUGACGCUGUUUAUAUUACUUCACUUAUUGGUGAGUUUCUAACAAAACUUGACCAACUAAAGGAAACUCAUGGUCUUAAGAACAAGACAAACUUCUUUGACAUUAAUAAAGCUAUUAUAAAAUAUUUCGAAAAUAAUGAAAAUGUUAAGGAAAUGGACUAUACGACUUACUUGCGACAAGAAAAUAAAACUCAAAAAGCUAAAGACAAUACUACAAGCGCAGAACUUUGGGAUCCGCUGCAGCUUAAUGAAUCGCAGAGUGGACGGCGCAUCUUUGGAGGACAUACCGUAAAGAUUCAACGGUUUCCAUUCAUGGCCAGUGUACACUUUUUUAAAAAGUUUCAAUGUGCCAGCUCCAUCAUCAAAUCUGAUAUAGUCAUCACUUCGGCUUCAUGUCUUCAAUUAGCCUGGAACAACCGCUUCUUCAACGAGAAUCCAGCCUUCCUAUCGCUGCAAGUAGGAAGCACUUUUUCUGAAUUUGGAGGAGAGAACAUUCCUGUAUUGGAAAUACAUUUCCAUCCAAAUUACAAUCCUAAUACUUUAGGUCAUAAUCUUGCGCUUUUGCGGAUGCUCAACACCUACGUUGAAAAUCCUAUAAAGAAUAAACUGACGUACGCUGUUCUAGACUUUUAUCCACUUAAAGAUUGUCAGGAAAUAUAUUCCAGGCAAUUCGUAACAAGCCAAAACUUUUGCGCUGGAUUCAUCUCCAAGGGGGGCGGCGCGUGUAAUCGUGAUGCAGGUGGUCCAGGUAUUGCAGGUGGCAUCCUUGUAGGAGUUGUGAGCUUCGGAUCUCCGACCUGCGGAGCUCCUGAUGCUCCCACUGUAUUCACCAAAGUUGGCUUCUACAACGACUGGAUCGAACGAAUCAUGGAACAGGAUGUACCUUCUGGAAAGGCCAGAACCACACGCUUACCAGUCAAGAGAUUGCCAACAAUAAAAUUACCUUUUACCCAGGAGCAUAUGUCUAAGAAUCAUUACAUAAAGCCAAUAAAUCAAUAUUCCGACGAAUCAGAGGAAGUUAAAGUGACUGACGAAGAGAGUAAUUCAACUAGAACGGGACGAGAAAAAUUCCAAGGAUUUCUUGCCACAAUAUUUGAUAGCGACGAAUUAACUGAUCCUUCAAGUAAUGAUCAACAAUUAGAGAUUGAGGAUACUAAAACGUCAGAAAUAAAUAUUAAAAAGAAAACCAAAAAGAAGAAACUUGUACACGUAUCGAGUACUGCCAAUACUAGGGAAGUAAAAAUGCAAUUAAAUCUGAGUCCUACCAUAGUAAGUACUACACACAUCGCGGACAAAAUUGACAAAACAAGUGACGGAAAGUUAGAUAGUCCAUAUGAAAUACUUACUUCUAAAAAAUUUUCUGCACCACAUUACUCGCAAUCUGACACGGCUGAAGACGACAGUAGUGACGGCGAUUAUAGUGAUAAAGGUAGUGAAAAUAUUGAUGUUAAUAGUGGCGAUAAAGUAGAAUCUGAUAACCAACAAACAAUAGAAAAAAUUAUUGAGACUCUGGUAGACGAUAUUGAUAUAAAUGAAAUUUUGGGAUUUGAUGAAAUUUUAUUAGAAAAUAAUGACACACACACAAAAGAUAAAGGAAAAACCACCAAGUUGGUUGAUGCAAAUUCUUAUUUGGACAUGACGAAAAAAAGAGUAAAUUAUUUCGGCGUAGAUAGUAAAGAUCAAAGUGAGACAGAAUACUACGAUACAAGCUAUGAAAACGAUGAAGAAAGCGAGAAUGAAAAUCACAGCGAUACAGAGCUAACCAUUUCAUUUGUCAAUACAAAUUUUAAUCAUAAUAAUGUAAAUAAAAUUCCAAUUCACGAUGAUAAAUACGGUGAUGGAGAAGAUGUUACGAUUGAAAAAGCAAAACAUAUUAAUGUUAACAACGAAAAUGUAAAUAAUAUGUAUAUGACCGACAAAAAAAAGAAAAGGAAUCAGAAAAUUGGUAUUACAAGAAAAGAGGGAAAUCUUACCUACAGAACAGAUAAACACAAAAAGACCCAUAGGAAAGAUACACUGGACAAGCCCACUGCUAAAUACGCGGAUGAUGAAAAUAAGAAAAGAAACAGUCAAGCUAUCUUCAAAUAUUUGAAAAAUUUAGUCAGUGCUAUUAAAAAUAAGGAAUAUCAAGUUAACAAAAAAGGCCUACCGAAAAUAAAUAUUUUAAAGAACAGGAAACAUAGAGUACAGUAUAAAAGUAAAGGGAAUGAAACCACUCAUGUAAAGAAAAUGAAAAAACAAAUGUCUAAGAAAGACGUAGACGAUGAAGAUAUUACUAAAAAAAAUAAAAAUAUUAAUAAGAAAAAGGAAUAUGUUAUUUCUACUAAAGAUGCUGUGCUUAGGAAAAAGAAACAGAUAAUUGAUAAUCAUUAUGAGGUAAUGAAAAGGAAAACGACAGCAACGUAUUACAAUGAUAAUAGAGCCAAUGAAGGAGAUAACAAUUCGGACAAUAACAAAAAUAAAAAGCCAGUCGCUAAAGAAACUGCAAAACAGGCAAAAAAUAAAUUAGAAUUCAGUGACUCCGAAACUCAAUAUAAAGAAGUUAACUCCGUAAGUGAGAAGGAGUCAGGAAUAGAACAAGAAAACUAUAAUGAAAACGAAUACGAUGAUGAAAACCGAAACGGCGAUGACGUUGAGACUGAUAGCAAUGAUUCUACAGACAUAGAAACGAAAAAGAUAAAAAAAAUUAACAUAAAAAAUAAAUCACAAGAAAAAAGUAAUGAAGAUGAUUCAGAUAAUGCAAGCAGAGAAGCAGAAGAAAUAUUAAAAAAAAAUACGAAGAAAAAUAAUAGAAGACAGAAGAAUAACAAAAAAAAAGGAAUACGUGAAGCAGACGAGCAGACGGAUAACCUGAUGGUAAGUGAUCGGCACCGCCCAUGGACACCUGCAGCACCAGAGGAGUCACAGGUGCGUACGAGGUUUAAGAAGAAGUACGCUUGUUUCUUGAAGGCGCUGCGAGAAAAAGAGAAAGGUGACUGGCGCAUGCUAUGCUGUGAAGAGAAGAAAGCGUUGUACCGAGCGUCGUUCUGUCAAACUUUUUCCGAGUUUAAGCACCCGACGGGACAGUGGAAAGUUGUCCUUGGAGUGUCCUUCUUCAUAACAUCUUUCGCCUUCUGGUUUUUUAUUUUCCUCCAUCGUUACGUGUAUGAACCCCUUCCGCCGAGUGUGUCGAAAAGUGCACAAAAGGUGCAGCUGCGGCGGAUGCUGGAACUUCGCGUGAACCCCAUCGACGGCAUCUCAUCCAAGUGGGACUACGACAAUGACCGGUGGAAGACGCUUUCAACCGACCUUCUAAAGUUGAAGGAGGUCAGGUUUAGCAGUGAACUUCUUUUGGCUGAUGUGACGCAAAAUUUUAGAGACUUGAAGCAAUUUUGA